AUGACGCAACCGAAGGGAUUUGAGGACGCUACAAAUCCUAACCAUCUCUGUCGGCUGAACAAAGCUAUCUACGGUCUUCGUCAAGCACCGAGACAGUGGUAUACUACACUUACUACAUACUUGCUGUCCAUCGGGUUUUCGCAUAGCAAAUCGGAUCAAUCGCUACUUAUAUUCAAAGAAAAUUCUGUUACAAUAUAUCUUCUAGUCUAUGUAGAUGAUAUAUUAGUCACGGGGGACAAUUCGACAGCCAUUCAAAGGCUUCUCGAUCAGCUGAAUCGUCAAUUUAGCAUGAAGCAUCUUGGAGAAGCAAACAUGUUUUUGGGCAUUCGUAUAACCAAACAAAAUGACCAAUAUUUUCUAUCUCAGGAGCAAUAUGCAUCCUCCAUUCUCCAACAGGCGGAUAUGCUCAACUGCAACUCUCUCGCCAACCCAACAGUCACCAAAUUUCCUUCGGUAUUCUCACCAAAUACUGUAAUUUCUGAUCCGGCAAUGUACAGGAAACUAACCGGUGCACUACAAUACUUAACUCUAACUCGCCCUGACAUUGCCUUCAGUGUCAACCUACUCUCGCAACACAUGCACGAUCCAAAACCUGAACAUACAUAUCUUCUAAAGAGACUGCUUCGAUAUAUAAAAGGUACGUUAUCAUUUGGUUUACAAAUUACUCGCAAUAACCUUAUUUUGCAAUCCUUUUCAGAUGCGGAUUGGGCGGGUGACCCAAUAUCCCGAAAAUCAACUUCCGGAUACUGCUCGUUCCUCGGUACAAAUCUUAUAUCAUGGACAGUCAAGAAACAGCAUACCGUGGCACGCUCCUCAACCGAAUCAGAGUAUCGAUCGCUGGCCUCGCUCACUGCUGACAUAAUCUAG